AUAUAGAUCUUAUGAAGACUUUGUUGGGACGAAAGUCUAAUUGUUUAGUCGACAAAUGAUUUUAUGCAAUCUAGGUGUGAUCUUAGUAACAGGCUUCACUGCUUAGAUAGUAAUCAAUACAACUAUAUAAUGUCGUUUGCACUCACAUAAUAGCCUAUGUAUACGUGUACUGUCGUUUUCCUGCUUUCUAUCUUAUUAGCAACAAUAUUGUUGUACGUCACUCUCUAGGCAUGUUCUUCUAUUUAUUCAUGAUUUCCUGAUGAAAAUCGAACACAUGAACCAAAUUGUUGAUUCGUAAAUACACGUUCAUGCAUUUUGUCACUCGAAGAUAUAAUUCUAGAAUCACGACUUUCCCAGACUAGAUUAUAGCAAGCACCAGCCGCUAAGUGUGUCAAUUAUUCAUGCAGUGCCGGCAUCUCUUAAUGGAUCGAGCAGGAAGACGACUGGGGUACGUCUUUGCUUUUACCGGUUACCGCGCAUUACCGCAAAUUUUGGCCAUGUUUCCACUAGCUGCACCUUAAACUAGUCUAGCUUAAAUGGGUUUAAGAACUAAACCAGUUCAAGAAAGCAACUGUUUCCACUAGUAACUUGUACAUCCGGGAUGUGCAAAACAAACAGUCUAGUAACGCCUUAUUUUGAAGUAUUGGGCUGCUUUGUCGCCGAGUCAGAGCAACUGUUGGUUUUCACUGAUUCAGCAUCUGCUAGUAGGAAUUUGCAUGACGAUGACCAAGGACACCGUCUCGUCUCUCUCCGUAGCUACUGAUUUCUUUCCCUAGUUAACGACCCUUACAUCUUUUAGGGCAAUCCUAUCCCAGCAAAAUAGUCAAUAUCAUCAAAACGACAUUGUGGGAAGCCAUCUAAACAAGCGCGCUACUGCCACGUGACAGUUAAACCUAAACCACUUUGCUAAACCUACUUUGAAGUGGGUUUAGGAAAGCGGUUUAAGUUUAAAAUAGAACUGGUUUAGUGCAGGUGGAAACAAGUGAAUUCUUAAACCGGUUUAGGCAUUAGUGGAAAGGCGCCCUUUAAUUUUGUUAGCUUGAUUUGCUUAUACUUUGGGAAGACUUGCUGCAUACAGAUGUAACGCUUCCUAUAGACACAUACAACCUGUUUCCUUGACUCGAACAAUUUUCCUGGUCAUUUAUAUUCACUGCUUUUCCGUGUUCUUGCGUAAGACUCUUCUAAAUAGAAGCUCAAGCGUUGGCUGCACAUUUCAGUUCACUUGCUAGUGACGACAAGUUGGUCAGUGUACGAAAGCAUCUCCGUUUGUGAUGGCCAGGAAAACCUUCGCUCUUUUGUGUGUUCUUCUUGUUGCUGCCUCGUGCUUCUACAGUGCUGAGGGAUGGCGACGUCGUAGACGACGCAGAAAUCCGCCACCGCCGCCGCCACCGCCGCCACCACCGCCACCGCCUACUAUCUGCUGCAGACAUUAUCUUGUUUGCUUUACACGUCUCGGUCGUUGCUAUAUCAUUCGCCACUGCUUCUAUUGUAACAGUGCAUAUGGAAAGCGAAGUUUGCCUAACCCGGAUGACGGCAUCAUUGAAUGUGUGCCGAGCGACUUAAGUGCAGUCGACUACAACAAAGACGGCCGAGUCAGCUACCACGAGUUUGUUGUAGCUAUGACACUCGAUGAAAAUAACAGUACAUCUAGAGAAGCAUUUGAUGAAGGAGACGACAACGGAGAUGGAUAUUUGAACGCAGCAGAACUGCGAACUAUGGCGGCAGAUCAUCCGCACUGCCUGCAAGAACAACGUCGUUACCGACAAGUGGUUCGUGGUCAACUGCCAGGAAAUUUUGAAGAGUACGAUACAGACGGGAAUGGAGAGAUAAGCUGGAAGGAAUUUAGCGAUCAGUUAGACAAAGCGAACGAUGGAAAUAUACCUGUAAAUGCAUUUCGGACAAUAAUCGAGAAAAUAGCCGGAUCUGAUGGCAUCAUUGACAAAAAGGACUUCGACAGGGCUGUAGGCGUGACCAUGUCGUGGUUAUUCAAACCAGGAGACGGAGAAGAAGGAGUUACGCAAGACCAAAUGGCAGAAGAAGAAAUACGUAAAGAAGAGGCUCAAUUAGAGGUAGACGACGACGCAGAUGAAGACGACGACAACGACAACGACGACUUGGACAAAGACGAGAACGAUGACGACGACAACGUUGACGCUGACGACGGCGACGAUGACGGCGACGAUGACAUGAAGGAAGAGGCAAGAAACGAAAGUGAGGAUGGUGAGAAAAAAGAAGAGUAGCGUCCGUAUAAAAGAAAGCUGUUUUGUACUCGAAUCGGACGAGAGUAGCAUAGACGCUCUGCAUGUGCGUGGUGCUUGUUUCUUGUUGUGGCAUAUCGUUUUCUCGCCUAAUGUCUAGUGCACAAUACAGAAAUAACCUCAGCGAUUUGAUUUAAGGCGUUGGCCGUUGUAAACAGUUUCCAACAAGCAUGGUUCACUCUUACAGCGUUCUCAUACAAUCAGUUACAAUAUAAAAA